GCAUAGCAGUUGUUGAAUGUUUGCAGAACGAUUUUAGAUCUAGAUCUAGCUGUAAAAUUUCCUGCAGUUAUCUUUGAAACCAUAGAAAACACCACACAGCUUAGCCACCACCUCAAUCUCCACCUGUCUGAUGCCUACACGAAUUCAGGUCAAGGUUGUUACUAAACAGAUACAAUAUUUGGAAGAACAGAUACAAGUUCUGGAACCUGUCAUUAAUUUAAUGAAAAAUGUUGUUACAAAAAGUAAGGCGUGGCUAGAAGAAAAAACUGACCAAUCAUCUGUCAGCUACAUCGAGCUAUCACAAGAACUGGACACAGCAGCCACGGCCUUGUUGGAUGUGACGUCACAUAUUUCUGAAGGAGACAACAAGGAUGUCAACAAACCAACGCCAUCUUUAGCACAGCCUGACACACAGACAACAGCAACAUUUCUAAAAGUAGAAUCACAAAGACAAUUCAAAACACAAGGCAAACAUACAGCGGUUGAAGAACAUCCUGACCUAGAGCGAAGACUCGCCUAUAUUGAAACAACACUAUCUUCACUACAGGACACACAACACAAGUCUACAGAUGACAUAUCAGAAAUAAAACAAUGGAGAGACAACUUUGUAACAGAACAGAGUGACAUGGGGGUAAACAUUGAACAACUGACUGAAAAACAAAAGCAGAAUUUUAAAAACCUCAGAAAACAAAUUAGUGAACAAGAUAACAAAGUAAAGGAGCUGAACAAAGAAAUUGAAAGUUUAAAAGAAAAAGAAACCAAGUCAAACAAAACACUAGAGAAACUGUCGCUAGAUAUGAAAGGAUAUGAAAACAACGAACACAAAAUAAAUAAAGAUAUGCAAGAUUACGCAGACAAAACAAACUGUAUAACACAAGAAAUUAAAAGACAUUCGGAUCUGAUGGCUGCCCUACAAGAGGAGUGUGAUAAAAUCUUGUGUAAUACAUCAACUCAAUUAAAAAAGCAAAAUGUAUUGUACAAACUCCUACAACAAAGAUUGAUGCCCAUUGACAAACUGAUUCAAGUCUUUAACCAGAACUUGGAAACUAGGGAAGAAAGAACUACGAAGCUUGAAACUAUUGAAGCUACUAUUUCAGUUCUGUCCAAAGAUUUGAAUCUAUUAGAGGCACGUGCAUGUAACAGAUAUGCUUGUCAUGUAAAGCUUGCCUUUGAGACACCUGUCAGUGCUGGAUCAAUUAUUUCAACCUUUGAUGAAGUACGUGAAUACAACGGUCAACAUUUUAAUCAAACAACAGGAAAAUUUGUAUCACCACAUGAUGGUUUAUAUCUUGUCGGUGUCACUCUACAUGAGUGGGGAAAUAACCAGAUUGGAGUUCGUAUGUGGGUUGGAAACAGUUGUUGUACGUCUAUAGAAGUGAAGUCUGCAGAAACUAGCGCUGCUGGGUCAGUGGUUGCUGACAUGAAGAAAGGUCAAGAACUUUACUUUGAAGUGUAUCACGCAGAUCAAGGCGCAAAGUUAACCUGGCUAAGUAGUUUUACGAUCGUUAGUUUAUAGACAUACAACAGGAAACAUAAAAAAUUAUGUAAUAAAUAACUUUUGUAAUAAAUAUGUUAAUUAUUUGAA